AUUUCAUAUUUGUGCUGGGAUUUGUUUAGUUAAUUUUAGUUAUGUUGUUAUAGACUUACUUAUUUAAGGCUUUAUUUUAUAGCGCGCGACAAAGGAAACAAAUGAGGAACCAAAAAGGUUUGAAAUGUUCCUUGCUACUCGAACAAGUCGGAAAAGGAAGGAAGUUGAUCAGGAAACACAAGAUGCAAUUGAUGAAUUCCAAAACCGGCAAGCUGCUGGUGAAACAGAUGAGGAAGCUUUUGAGUCUUUAUUUGGAAAAGAACAACCAGGUCGGGUUAGGUGCUAUGGAAGAUCUAUUACACGACGUGACUUAAAAAAGCAUGCAGAAAUUUCUGAACUCAAGCAACAACACCAGGAGGAAGUCACAUCUUUGAAGGCUGAACUUGGAGACAUGAAGGCCAAACAGCAGCACCAAGAGGCUGACCUUCAUGGAUUGCGAAACAUGAUUAAGUUACUAGUUCAGCGAUCUGAACCUGGAAUGAGGCCGGAAGAAAUUGAAGCCUUGUUACAAGAUGCCCAACACUCUCCAAUUGAUGCAAAUAGCGCUCAUGGAUCAACACAUAUUCCAAACAUAAAUAUGGAUAAUUCUGAAGAUGUGAAUGAAGAUUGAGAUGCUUAUCAUGAUGGUUUAUUGACAAAGGUGGAAAUUGAAAGAUGUAUGGUUGAUGAUGAUGUUU